AAAUUGAAGUAAUUGUUAAAAACACCCAAUAAUCGUGGUAUUUGCAACAUUGCUAUUGAUUCGACUGGUCUUACCGCAACUCGGGCUGUCGACAGUUUAUUUUGAUGAAUAAAGCAGCAAAAUAGCAUCAAAACUUGUUCGUCUCGGUGACAAUUCGUUUCACGGUAGGAAAAAUUUCUUAAUCUCAAUGCUAAUGUAAUUUUCUGAGUGUGCGUCGUGAGUGCGUGCGUGCGACAUCUACGUUCUUGGCGUUCCGUGGAUCAGGCGGAGUUGGUUACAUUUGUAUAAAUGAACCAAAACCAAAUCCAACAAUUGACCUCACACCUAUCACAGGCACUCGAUCAAAACUACGAUGUCGUUAAUAUGGAUGCGGUUCUCGCCGUUAUAUCUGCAUUGGAGGGCACAACGAUCACGAAAGAACAAUUGGAAGCCACCAGAUUGGCCAAAUAUAUAAAUCAACUGAGGCGUCGAACCCAAAAUGAGCAGUUAGCACGACGCGCUAAAUCGCUUCUAAAGAAAUGGCGCGAGAUGGUGGGAAUUCAGCAAACAUCAAAUGAUUCUCAGCAGAUGCAGCAAUUACAACAGCCACAACAAUUGACCCAAAAGCCAGCAAUUGGAAUACCCACAACAACAGAACAAAGCACAGCUGAAACAGUAGCAAAUACCCUCCAAUACUCGCAGUCAUCUUCUCCACAACCGCUGGAACAGAACGCUGGCACGGAAGGUGUUAAUACCGCCAUGUUCAAAACUAUUUUGACGGCUCCUCAUGCUUGGAACACUACACAUAAUGCCAAUUCGCAAGUUACACCAAAUCGAAAUUAUUUGCCCGAUUCGCAUACUGAACAACCUUCCUGCGUAGUAUCUGUUCACAAUUUCCACGAUUCUUCACCCAGUUUCUUUAACAAAUCCAAUAGUGGUGAAAGCAACAAAGAUAGGGUAGUAAAAUCACAGAGAAAAAAUCUAUCCAAACAUUUGGCUGCACAUAUGUAUGAGCAUUCAUCAAAUUCUACAUCAAAUUUCGCCGUUGGAAGUGAAAAGAUAAACGAAACGGCAAUUGUUAUCGAUAUAGUCUCCGAUUCGGAUGAUUACGAAUCGGGCAAUCAGGAGAAGGCUAAGACAGUAUCAACCCCAUCUUCGCUUGCUCUUCCUCCUGUAGCCUAUCCAAAACCUAAGAAAAUGAAGAAAGAAAAGAAGCGGAAAGAAAAGGAUGGCCGCACAAAGUCCUCUUUUUUAUUGAAUCCCAUUGUCCCUCCUCCUCCAGCGCAGGUUAAAGAUACAAAUAUCAUUCCGGCUAAAGAUCCAAAAUUGCAAUCGACUAUCCCAGCAGUGUCAGAAAUUCUCUCACUGUCAAAUAGCUCAAUGAGCUCAUUGCUAUCUUUCGAAACAUCGACUGGGAAUUCAUUGGCAAAAGCUCGAAAUGCUGCGGAUUUGACAUUUGCGGGCAGGUUCAAAUCCGCCAGCCAAGGAGAUACUAUUUCUAAUACUACUGCUACAAUUACUACUGUAAAUCAUGAUAACGAAGCUUUGGCCAAUGGCCAGAAAGCGUUAUUUAUAAAUGCGCAUGAAACGAGAAGUGGAUAUGAAGGCGAUUUUUUUACAAAUGAUACAAGCACCUCUUGCAGUCGAUUAUCUCCAUUUGAGGAAGUUGACUCAAAACAAAACCGUACUCAAUCAAAAUUAUUUGAGGAUGUUGAUGCAGCAUCAAAAGAACAACAAAAUGAUCCUAUAUAUGAAGUGAUUAAAACCGACGACCCUUCUGAAAAUGCCCUCGCUCAAGUUCCUAAGAAACGUGGCCGAAAGAAAGGUUCUAAAGGCGUAGACUCCGUCAUUGCGAAAGAGUCACUUUCUCAGCAGAUUUUAUUUGGCAGUGGUGUUAAAAAAGUUAAAACCACGAAAGAACUCUUUAAUGAAAUACAGAAUCGCAAACUUAGCGAUUCUUCAAACCGAAGUGAGUCGGCAUCAUCAGCUGUUAAGGAUCCCAGCAUUGCCACACAUCGAGCACAGCAAUCGCGCACUUUAUUAUCUAGGCCAACCUCAUCAUGCUCAGAAACUUCAAUGCACUCCCCGCAAAUGUUGGAUGACAAUUCCGCAAAUGUUACCUUAACAGCAACUGAUAAAUUUUCAAAUAGGGUUGAAGAUACCGUUCAAACUGAUAGUGAUACUGGUACUUCAGAACCAUCGCAUGAUAGCCCUAAGUCUCGAGAAAUUAAACGUAGUACCUCUCUGGAUAGCAAUAGUAAUUCUUUUCCAACGUCAUCAGCAAAAACAACAGGCACCUCAACCCCAGCAAUUCAGGAUGAUGUAUGCUCACAAUUAAUGCAUCUGGUUCACAAUUUGAAAAGUCCGCGAACAAUAUUUGAAGCUGAAGAAUCUUACCAGGCGGAAAUUGUGCCAUGUACCUGCGUGAUUUUAGAAGAGCUGCUUGAUGUGCCGACGGAUGAAAAUAAUGCAAGUCAUCAAGUAGUCGAAGAAAAUGAGCAGAAUAGUCAGUAUUGUGAUGUAGCUGUGAAAGUCGAUAAACCGGAGGAUAAAAUUAAACCGGAAAGCUCUACAGUAGAAGAACCUCCACCACCAGUCCCACAAAAGCCCAAAAAAUCUAUAUUUGAUUUAGAUUUUGAUGAGGACGAGGAUCUUUUACAUUCUCUAAUGCAAGAUUUGAUGCCAUCCAAAAGCAUUUCAACUCAGCCGUCAGUCUCAGAAAUAGAAGUAAAAGUGUCUCCACCCAUCGUAAAAAGUGAACUGAACGAUGACACCAACAAUGUGCAAGUGUAUCCCGGUUUUCAUCAGGCUGAGUCUGUGGAUACCAUAGUACCAAUGCCAAUACCAAUGCCUAUAUACACCAUUCACGAGGAUCCGGAUUGUGCGGCAAAGCGACGUUUUGAAAUACAAACCAAUGAAGUGACUAGUUUUCACAUAAAUGCUCUGCAUAAUUGCUACAUACCCAAUAUAAAUGGCAACUGGGAUAUUAUUGACUCGGCGAUUGCAGUGACAACAACCGUGACGAAAUUUAUGGAAACAUUGGAUUCGUAUACAGUUACAGAUGGCGCCGAUGUUGUUCCAAAAUACGGUUCGCUCGUGUAUGCGCGCAUUAGAAAGGAUUUAAGUUUCUUAAAAUUCCCUAAUACUAUCAGAACUAAAAUACCUAAAAUGCAUAUUACACCAUUUUUAGGCGUUGCCAAAUGCCUACCAUCAUGCCGAAAGAAUAAAAGGCUUAAGGAUGCAAAGGCAAAGGCGCUUGGCGAAACAACGCUCCUUACAAUUAAAAAUGAGGAGACUAAUAGCGUUAUAAGUCUUACAAAUAGUUUACAACAUAAAAUGGAGGAGAUUCCCCUAAAAGUCGAAGUUGAGGAUGGUAUUGAUGAUAUUUUAAACGUUGAUAUGGAGUAUUUGAGCGAAUCUCAAGUGGACGGCAAAUCUAAAAACAAUAAUACACAUUUCAGCUAUAAUUUAUUAAAAUUGGCUAAUAGGGAUGAGCAGCAAGAGGAUAAAGCAUCAACACAGACCGCCUUUGAUGAGAUUGGAGAUGAUAGUAAUGAACAUACGUUUGCGGGAUCUGAGAAUCAGGAAAAAGGGAGCUACAGUCGUCGAAGUAGCAGUUGUAGCAAUUCCAGUUUAAAGCAAACCCAACAUUCGAUCAAUGAGAAACUAAGAAACCAGCGCACUAUGAUCACCCAGCAGGAACGCAGUUCUAUGGGCAAAAAACGUAAAAAACGACGAAAACAAAAACUCGACGAUUCUGGUGCUCCUAUCGAACCAAGGCCGAGAAUAAAGCGCAUCAAAAUCGCCAUCAACGGCAAUGUGGCUACGCAAAGACAGAUUUCAAAUAUUAGUAGUAGUAAUAAUAGUAGUGAUGAUGAAAAUGGUGCCACGUAUAGUGAAUCCAGUGACCGGGGAGACAAUGAGGAUUCGAAAAGCAAAGUAAACUCUCCCAGUGAGGAUGAGUUGGAAUCCACACGCAGUCAUUCCACUACAAUCGACAGCAUUGCAGCGGAUGAGGAAGGACUUUUAGAAAAUGAGUACGAUAACAGCGAUGACGAGGAAUAUGCCAUAGUUCAAAGACCCAUGGGCGGGGGAAGUAAUCAUAUUGUGUUGACAAUAAAGAAAACACCAAGUAAGAUUAAUUCUCCAGCCAAUUCCGUAUCAGCUGUCUCACCAGCCGUUGCCCAAUCAACUGCUUUAACGCCGACUGCCGCUAAGAAAGACUGUUCUGAUUCGAACGAUCGUACUGAUGCAUCAAUUUCAUUAUCACAAGUUGAUGAUUGUGAUGACAAUGGACUUGAUUUGCAUAAGAAACAAACAGAGGAGGCAAUUGAAUUCCAUCAAGUGAAGCAGGAGCAAGAAGAACCGCCGGAGCAGCCUAUUAUCAUGUCACAUACCUGCCUUACAAAUUUGGACUAUCUUUGGCGGCAUUUUCGCCGUCGUCGUCGCCGUCGCCGUCUAAAAGUUAAAAUAUGUCCACAAACUUUAGAUAUAGAGCUAAAACAUUUAUUUAACGAUUCUGUUGAAAUAGACAAAACCGUCAAACCGCAAGCCAAACUACAUCAUAAAUUAUUUUUUCACGAUGAGUUAUGCCGACCUGACAGCAGAGGACGCAACAGGCGCAUCAUAAAUUACAGUAGCAGUAGCAGCAGUUGCUCAAACUAUGACAGUGAUAGCGAGCACGAUGAAUAUUCCUCGUCGGAAGAUACAGGCGAAAAGCCAGCAGAAGCAGCGGAAACGGAGAAUGUUUUUCAUAAGAAAAACAAUAAGAUUGAGACUGAUACGAGCAGCCCCUCGGCAUCAAAGGAGGCUGGAGCCACAUUUGAAGAUUGCCUUAAUGGGGACUCGUACUUACCGUCGAUCAACGAUGUUGAUGAUGAUGAUGACGACGAUGCUGAUACCGAUAGUAACAAAGAGUUUGGUGCACCACAAGAUAACGGUAACGAUAGUGAGGAUGUUAUUAAGGUGGAAAAACAGGACGAACUUAAUUACCAUAGAUCAGAAUUGCCAAUGUAUAACAAUGGUAUGUUGCCAUCAUUCAAUUCUAUUUAUACUGAACGUCAGCCAAAUGACACGGCUGGCGAAGUAAAGCAAACACUACCGCUUAAUAAGAAUUGUGAUGAUGUUAAUUUAUAUUAUAAUAACAAUAACUUAAGUGUAGUUAAAGAUAGCCUCAUCUCUAAUGAUAACAUUCACAAAAACGUCACUAGUAAUAUCUCCGAAAGAACAGCGUUAAAUAACAUAAAAAGCGAGCAAAGUCUAACGGAAAUUGACUCGGAAGUUAUAUUGCUGCCACGCCCAGAGUAUCAGACAGGCAUGCGAGCUGUUGCACAAAGCGCCAGCAGUGAGAAUAACUCAAACCCAAACUCCACAAACAUCCCCCGUAUACAACAGUUUAAAGAAUGGCAUCAAGUUCUACAACUGCAAUCCUACAAUAAUGAACCACUAAUAGUUCUGCCAUAUGUUGUACUUGAGUAAACCCAAAAUAUUUCAAAAUCCAAAACAUGACAGCAUACAUACAAACACAUAUAUACAAAAGUAUUUAUUGGCUACUGAUUGUUUCAACACUAGCGUUGUUAGUGAUGUGUGAUAGGAAAUUAAAGAAAAACUUACAUUGGAAUUUCGAUGGGCGACUUUAAGUCAAAUAGUCAAAAAAAAAAAAAAACAAAAAAAAACAUAUAUAUGUAUAUAUAUAUAUUCCAAUUCCACAAAGCUUGCGUCAAUUUACUGUAAAAUCUGUUAAUGUAAGAGUGAAUCCUGCUAUCGUACAUAGUUUUGUUUGUUUAAAAAUUUUUUUUUAUUAAUUCAUCCAUAGUCUUUAACAGCAGAGAUAAAUAUCAAAAUAAAAUAACUACAUUUAAAACGACUAUUUGAAAAUGUUUGCAUAAGUCAGCGAAAACAAUAUUUUUGUUAAAUUCUACCGUUAAAACCGUUU